GAAGACGAAUCCAGCCUGAGAGAGCUUCUCGAGAAAGACAAGCAGCGCGAAUACGAACGCAUUGAGAAGGAGAUGGGUGGAUUGAGGGAGAAGUUCGAGUCGGACGUGCGCAUCGAGGAGAACUGGACGAAACAGUUCAUGAUGGAGGUCGGGGGCAGCAGGGAGUGGAAGUGCGUGUUCAAGCCGGCCAUGGUGGCGCGGGCGUCUGCCUCCAGGAGCGCGCCGGCGGUCAGGAGAAUCUUCUUCGGAGCGACCGUGAAAGCACAGGGCCCGCCCGACGAGGGUCACUGGAUCAGGCUCGAGGACGACAGCUGGGCCCUGACAGAGGCGCCCGAGCACGGGCAGCUCCUCCAGAGGUGGUUCGGCGAGCACCAGCAGAGGUACCUGGACCUGCAGGCGAGGAUCGCCCAGAGGCGCGAGAACAGGAGCCAGACGUACGUUGACUACAAGAGGAAGCGGCAGGAGGUCAGUGAGUGGGAGAUACCUCCUGGGCCCACCGAGGACGAGCAGAGGGAGAUCGACGACGAGGAGUGCGAGGCAUUGAGCCACAUCCUCGAGCCCUUCCUGAGAGAGGUGAAGGAGAAGAAGGCCCGCCUGCGCGCGCUGCGCGCCGCCCGGCUGGCGGCCGCGGCGAAGCGCGCGCGCGGCAUGGGCGGCGGGGGAGCGCUCGCGGCCGGGCAGUUGCCAGCAGGCUUCCAGCUGGCGCCCGAGCGCCGGCCGGCGCCUGCCAGCGGCCAGGCAGCCCUGGCCCCUGCGGGCACGGCCGCGGUGGCGGCUGCGCCGCCUGCGGGGGAGUGGGAGCGCUGCAAGCGGCUGGGCGACGACGCCUGCCGCCAGGGAAAUUGGACCCGCGCGCUGGAGCUUUACGGGGAGGCGCUGGAGGCCGGCGGCGCGGCCCUGGCGCCCAGGCAGGAGGCCACCCUGCUGUCGAACCGGGCGCUGGCGCGGUCCAAGCUGGAGGACUGGGGCGGCAGCCUGGCGGACGCGGUGGCCGCCACCGCCCGCGACGCGAGCUGGCAACGGGGCUGGGCGCGCCGCUCCGCCGCAGAGCUGCGGCUCCAGAAGAGCCGCCAGGCGCUCGCGUCCCUCGCGCACGGCUUCGCCUGCGCCGGCGCCGCCACCGGGCAGCUGAUCCCCCUGGCCGCGGAGUUGGAGGCCGCGCUCUACGCGGAGGGGACGGACCCCAACGCGCCCGCGACCGCCAGGAGCGCCAGGAGCGAUUCCGCGCGAGCGGCAACCAGGCGUUCGAGGGCGGCGACCACGGUGUGGCUGUGCUGUGGUACACGAGGGCGCUCUACCAUAGAGCCGCAAUGGAGGGCAAGGGCGAGGCCGUCUUGCUGUCGAACCGGAGCGCGGCGCUGCUGCGGCUGGGCCUCCCGAGGGAGGCGCUGGCGGAUGCGUUGGCGUCUGCCGGGGUCGACGAGGGGUGGCCGCGGCCGCUGGUCCUCGAUCACCCCUCUCCGGCGUGGCCUCGCCGCCGCGAGGACUUCAAGUCCGCCUACCAGCACUUCGCCAGGGCCCGGCGCCUUCAGGCGCAGGGGGGCGCGCAAGGCGGCGGCGCCGCCGCCGCUGGCCUCAGCAGCUGCCUCGCCCGCAUGCUCAACUGGGAUUACCCGGCCGCGGCGAGGCGGUGGGCGAGAUUCUCGACCGGGAGAGGCCGCCGGAGUUGCUCCGUGUGUGGGCCUUGAGCGACGUGUUCUUCGACCAGCACGGCGCGCCCGAGUGGUGCAAGAGCUUGUCGUCCACGUUCUUCAGGGACGACGUGCUCAUGCUGGCUGGGAGAACUUGGCGGAUUCCCUGCCGAGCCUGAAGUUCGCCCUGACGGUGCUGAAGAGCAAGUUUCGCAGAGUCUUCUACGUGCCGGGGAACCACGACCUGUGGGUUCGCCGAGUGACGCUUGGAUCCAUCAUCAAAGGAGAAAAGGUGAAGGAGGAGGAGCGCACCAUGGUGGACUCCGUCUCCAAGCUCCUGGAGGUGCUGCAAGUGUGUGACGAGCUGGGCGUGGAGGUGGCGCCGGCGGAGGUCGCCGCCGGCGUGUUCGUAGUGCCAAUGUUCUCCUGGCACGACCGGGGCUUCAUGCCCGCCGCGAGGCGCAGGCAGCGUGCGGCCGUCAGCGACGCGGAGGCCAGCAUCCCUAUCGACGGCUGGAUCAGAUGGCCCUUUCCGGGCGGCCACGACGAUGCGUGGAAAUUCUUCAUGAUGAACGAGCCUGCCCUCCGUGCAACGCUGAUGGCCAAGAAGACCUUCGAGCGCCUCUCGGGCUCUGAGGCGAUCGUGCUCACGAUGACGCACUUUAUGACGCGCCCCGAGCUGGAGUUGGACUGGACGAUCCCGGGCGAGUGGAACUACGUUGGCUGCGACGGACUGGACUCGACGAGCAGAUCCGCGCGAUCGGCGCCACGGUUCACGUCUACGGGCGUGCGUGCGUGGGCAGUCAGGUGA